CAUGAUACAAUAUUAUAACUCGAAUACAAUAAAAAACAUACAUUUGCAAGUUGUCUUUUCAUUAUUACGGUAAACAUUAAAUGUGUUACAACUAUUUUAGUUUUUAGGUAAUUUUUUGAGGAAGAACGCCAUACGAUACAGUUAUUUGCAUAUUUUAAAUUAUUUUUUUUUUUCAAUUCACGGACACUGUUUUUUGUAGGUGUCGUAGAAAAUCGUCGCCUAGAAAUAAUAGGAGUUCGCAUCAGAAGGGCGUUAUAGAAACGGCUGACUCUUCAUUAUUUAUUUAUAUUAAAAAAGAAUCGGACGAUAGUUCAAACGGUAAUGGCAUCGAUUAUAACAGCACGCAAAGCGACGUGGACACCAAAGCCGAACUUCUUCAUUGUUUUAACUGUGAAGCAACGUUUAACAGUAAACUGUCUUACGCCAUGCACAGUAUAAGUCAUAGCGAAGACGGAAAGUACUCCUGUCCAAUUUGCGAAUUUACGACGACGUACAAGGACAAAAUUAAAUUGCACAAGCACACACGUGACAACAAGAAAGAUUAUGCGUGUAAAAUAUGUCGCCAAACGUUUCUUUACAGCAGAGACGCCGAAGAACACGAGAACAUCCAUCUGGGAAGGAAGCCGUUCAUUUGCGAGGUGUGCGGAAAGGAAUAUGCCUUAUCGAAACAUCUUGCGUCUCACAGGAGACACCAGCACUGGGAGAUACUGAAGAUAGCACCCUCGAACAAAUUUGAUUGCACCACCUGCCAAAAACAUUACACCACCGCCUCAGGAUUGUGGAGGCAUCGUCUCAGGUACCACAACGUUCAGCAGAGAGAACAAUUUUUGUGUGACGAGUGCGGCAAGGCGCUAACGAGUAAAGAGGGGUUAAAGUUUCAUCGGAGAACUCACUCAGGUUAUAAACCGUUCCAUUGUUCCGCCUGUCCGAAAAAGUUUGUUAAGAAACAAUUGUUGAAAGAACACGAAAGAACUCACUCUGGCGAACGCCCGUUUAUUUGUAAGUACUGUAACAGGGCGUUUACGCAGAGAACGCCGUUGAAGAUACACGAAAGAUCUCAUACGGGGGAAAGACCUUAUCAGUGUCGAUUUUGUGACGGGAAAUACGUGUCGAAGAGUGUCGCUGAUACUCACAUGAGGAACUGUAAAGGAAAGGGUUGAAACAAAACUAGAAAUAUAUAUUUUUUUAUGGGCCCGUUCGACAGUGAAAGAAGGAGGUAAUUUUUGAAAACGAUAAUCGUACGCAGAUGAUUGAUCUAAUACUCAACGAAAUGUAAUGUUUUAAUAUUAAUUUUAUUAAAUCGAAAAUUAUUGUUUUAAUUGUAUUGUAUCGAAUUAUUUUGGUAUUUGUUAAAAUUUUGUUCGAAUAAAUGAUGUUAAAUCUAUCUGCGGACAAGUACAAAAAUUUAUAGUGCCAAACAUACCGUAGGAUUUCUUAGAAGACUAUAAAUAUUUCGACAGUUAAUUGUUAUUAUAAAAUAAAGAAAUAACACCAAUAUUGUAGGUCCUGUGUUGAAGGAUUUUAUUUCGUUCAUGUUACAAACUUGUACUUGCAUAUUCUUUUACAUUUUCUUGUCUACACCCUGAAGGAAA